AUGGGCCGCCAACCAUAUAUAAUUCGGCUGGCUUUGGGGCGCUCUCCGUAUGAGCCACCUGAUCCAAGCGACUCACAAAAUGAAACAUCUCACAGUCGCAACUCGGACGGAUAUGUCCAACAGUAUGAUGAAAGAGGUCAUCCUAUCUUUCCCGAGUCCAAGGCCUUGGCUCGCGAGCUUCGGCGAGCAAAGAACGAUGUUCUAUCAACCAUGGGAGUUGUGGUCAGUGGUGAAGCUGGCCGUACAGGCCUCUUGAAAGACAAGAAAAGCGUUAAUGCUGUCACGGCUGAAAAUGAUUACGGUCUGGUUAUAGUAGCCUUUGACCAUGCUGUACAUUUCUUUGGAUCUUGGUGGGUUGCCUCGCUAAGCCGCCGUAUCCAGACCUUCAAAAGCUACACCAAUAUCCCACUUAUUCGCUUGUUCAAGUCCGAGUACCAAAGGUUCGGAUGGCCUGCUGGAUUUUUUGCAGGCAUGCCUCUCUGGGCCGCCAGAAUAAUAUUGCCUAUAUGCAGAACACAAUUGUUCGAACCCCUUCUUGGCUACGUCCAGGACAAGCUUACGUCGUACCUCAACCACUCUUAUACUCGACUUCUGGAGGGCUGCUUCUCCAUGAUUCGUUCCUCAGCACGUCUUGUUUCGUUCGUAUUCUUCGAGCAAAUACACAUGUUCUGCAUUCUUCAGACUCUCCACCUCAUCCCUCAUAACGUUUACCCAAGACCCGAAUUCCUGAUCCCAUUGACCAGAUACUCUCUAAUUCAAAGUCCAUCUCUACCGCCCGACUUCUCUCUUAUUUCGCUUGGACGCUUUGCAUCGCAUCUAGCAGCAACGCCCUUUGCAUUCGCAUUCAUUUAUGUUCUUGUUCGGCCAUACGUUGAAGAGAAGAUAUAUCGACUGAUCAGAAGACAUUUGCCUAAACAAGAGAGACCUGAUGAGAUCUCCAUUCAGGUUGCCACAGAAAAUGAUCUCCUUGAAUGGACACUACCAAUAGCGGGGCGGCGCAUGGAGGAAGAAACUCGUCGAAGCAAAUUGAGUUUGAUGGAAGACAUUCGAGAAGAGUUGCGAGAAUUACAAAACCGGUUGUUCCGUUGGCUUGGUUAUAACCAUGAUGAUUCUGAUGAGAAUCCAAGUGUCUGCCUCAGUCACAACGAUAUUGUCACCGUUCACGAAGACAUCCUCUUCUCGUCUUCCCUACAGAACAACCUUGAUCAAAUGCCAGUAUUAUCCACCGAUGCAAUAUCAAACGCCAAUAUACCAGCUUCUCUUGUCCCCGAUCAGACACUAACAAAUGAACAAUUGACUCAUUCGCCAGGCGAAAUCACCCCGAAUACCAUAAAUGAAGUACAUCCUGUGGAGCGUGCCGAAAGAGGCGAAAUUGUCCAAGACCAAGUAUCUGGGUCUUGGAUUCCAUUUCAAGACUAUGAUCAAGAUUCGCGAUCUAACACAUUGCUUUCGCGGCCUCAAACCCCGGAAUCGCCACUAGCUUCUCCACGCAUUCGUGCAUCUUUAACUCGCCAAAAUCCAUUCACGACGACCAUGGAACUGUCACUUCAAGACAGUCGAGGCUCGAAUGGACAAGACAAUCUUGAGCCUGUCGUUGAAAUUGAGCGUGGUGAUACCGCGCUACACGAAUGGCCGAUUCCUCUUGAUGAGUCCCAAAUUGACUCUGAGGUAGUCCUAGAACAAGUGAGACGGGACAUUGAUGAAUUAGAGCAACUUGCCACCACGGCUGAUGCUGUUGCCUCAAACGAGCACCGAUGGGAAACAAUCAAUACGGAGCUGGAAUUUGGGAACGGGGAACUAGAGCCCAUCUUACCGCAUGUUGUCGAGGAACCCUUGCAAAGUCCUACGCAUCAGCUCGGCAUGGAUGCAUUAUCGGAUGCCGGCACUGAAGCAUCAGCCUCUGACCUACCUACUGACCUAGUUCCGUGGAGGUCCCCCAAUGAGAACCGCUCUGAUGUUAACAAACAACGCGUCACAGUCCUCUCCUCGUAUCCUGCCGAUGCAUUGGCGCACCAUUUAGCCUCAAUAAUCAGCGGCAUCAUAUUCAUCCCAUUCGAAUCAUUCUUCUAUCGUUCUCUGGCGAGAGCCUACCUAUCGUCACAGCUUGCCUCCGUCUAUGGUGGUCAUAGUCUCGUUCCAUUUUCCGAUAUCCGUGGCCUUAAUGACUUUGCUGGUGGUGGGGGUAGACGGGACAUGGUUGCUUAUAUGUGCAAACUUACUCUGAUACAAGGCAUUCAGAUGGGUAUUAGCGGCACAAUCCUUGGGGUGUGCUCCGCUACUGCUAUUGGAAUUGGGAAAAGGGUGUUUAACUGGGGGAAAUUGUAG